UUGAUGAAGCAUUUUGUGUUGGAUACUGUAUGGUCAUGGUAAAAGUAAAUUAUGUUAAUUUCAAUGUUGCUUUUGCUACUGCAGCCCUCCAGCUGUAAUCAGCAGUAAACCAGCUCCAACCCCGCCCUCACCUAUGACCGUAAAAGAGGAUGAUGAUAGCAUUACAGCUGCCUUGAACCAAGCAGAGGAAGAGACCAAACCCAAGGAGGAGGAAAUGCCAUCAUUUGACGAAUUCAAAAGGAGAGUUUUGCAGGAGGAGGAGGAGAAGAGCAAACAACAGAGUGCAGACAAUUCCAAUGGAACUGCCCACAAACUUAAACCUAAGAAAGUCAAAGAAAGAAAACAGAGCAAUUACGCAUCUGUGGACUGUGGUGCAAAGAUUCUUGAUCAUAAUGAUGAGGCAUCAAAUGCUGACAGUAUUUUAGUGGAGAACAAGGACUUGUACAUGCUAAACCCAUGUAGUGCGAAAGUUUGGUUUGUUGUUGAGCUGUGUGAUAUAGCCCAUGUCAAGAGUAUUCAGAUUGCCAACUUUGAACUGUUCUCAUCCACACCUGAAAGUUUUCGGGUUUAUGUUAGCAAGCGGUAUCCAACAAGAGAGUGGACAAUGUUAGGAACAUUUCAAGCUCGUGAGGAGAGAACAAUACAGACCUUUCCUUUGGAUGAACCAAUUUAUGCCAAGUACUUCAAGGUAGAGAUGCUAAGUCAUUUUGGCUCUGAACAUUACUGCCCACUGAGCCUUCUACGUGUGUAUGGCAGCAGUAUGAUGGAAGAGCUGGAAGAUCAUGAGAUAGAGGGACAGGAUGAUAAUGAAAAUUCUGAUAGUGACUCUGACGUGCCAGUAUUACCUCCAGAACCUGGGGCAAAGGUUGACGAUGAACCUAAAAAGCCUAAUCUCCUUGAAAGAGCUGCUGAUACUGUGAUUAGUCUUGUCAAGAAAAUUACUGGAAAUGGGCAAGACAAAGAAAAAAGUGGUGAUGACUUAGAGAAAGCGGGUGGUACCCUUGAGAAAGGUAGUAUUGCGCUGAACUUCCCUGACUCAAGUGGUGAGGAGGCUUCCAGUGAGAGUGAAUCCCAAGCUGAAAGCAAGAACAAGAUUGUAACUCUUCUUGUUCAUGAAGAGCUUGAGGAAAGCCCCAUGGACAGCAAGGCAAACAAUUCUAAUGGCACUUCAGUAGAACAAGAUGAAAGUAAUGCUAAUUCACAAGAAGGGAAAUCUACAUCUGUAAACACCAGCAGUGAAGAUAGUUCACUUUGUAAGGAAGUGGAAAAUGGCAAGCAAUCAAAGACAACCAGUAUUGCCUUAACUCCCUGUCAGGCAUUUUCUCAAGCAAUUGGACCAUACUGUUUGGGAUGUUUCAUGGGACGAUUGUUGUUCUCUAAGAAGCAGUACCAGGAUUUUACAUUUUUAGAUGGUAUCAAUGGUAGGAAAACGGACCUUUUUAACACAACCAAUUCUAAUAGCAAGUCAAGGAAGCAAAAGGAUAAACCUAAUGGAGAAAAGGAAAGAGAUGAAGAAGGAGAAGUAAAUGAGCAGGAGGUACAUGUGACUAUCCAGGAAAAGCUGUCAGUCAAUGAAAUCUCAGUGGAGAAGAAUAUACCAUCAGAAAAUGAAAGCCAAGAAUCCUCUGCCAGUGUCCUAGAACUCACUUCUAGCAACUUGGAUGUGAAGAGUGAAAUCACUGUUUCUAUUCCAUUGAAUGUUGCAGAAACAGAAGACACUUCCUCUAGAAUUAUAAAACCUAGUCAGUCAGUAGCCAUUUUAGUGGAACAGAAAAGUGGAACCUCUGAUACCCAAACCCCUUCUUUAGUGGAAGUGUCAGUUGUCACAGCAACACCUUUAAAUUCUACCCAAUCAUCAUCUACCUCCUCUGUGACACUUCAAAGUUCAGAAUUACCUGUGUUUGAAGAAUCGAAAGUGAUUGUUGUAAAAGAAGAAUCUGAUAUUGGCAAGAAACAAACUGCCAGGGAACCACAAGCACCUGUACAGCAAAGCUUGCUGUCAAGUAGCUUGUCAACUAUGUCGGACAGCGAAACUGCAGCAUCAGUGGAUAAGGGCACAGAUAGUCAACCUGUUGAGCCUUUAGAAUCAAAGAGUAUUUCCAAGGAAGAGGAGAAAAGCAAGGAUACUACACCAGAUAAAAUAGGCGAAAGUAUAGAAGGUAAAGCUGAAAUAACGCCAACUGAAGCCAAAGUUCCAAAUUCACUCCACAUGGUGCCGAAUUCCUCUUCAGAUAUUGAUGUGUUGGAGACAAAACUCACUGAUAAAGAAGGACGAGAAGGGACAGCUGAAGUAGUAGAAGACCCACUGCCAGUUUUGAAUAGUGCAUUGCAAGACAAGCAAGUAACUGAAUCUCAAAAUCUGAAUCUGGAAUCUGAAGAUGCUGAGAAGAAGGAGACUUCUCCUAAUUUAGAAAGCCAGGAGAGUGGUCCUGAAGGCACAACAUCAACUGUAGUAGUAGACUUCCAAAGUGUAGGUCCAACAGUUCAGCCUGCCUCUGCACCAAUUGGUGACACUAAUGACCUUUCAGACUCUGUUCUUCCAUUGUCAGCUCCACCUAUAGCAAGCAUUAGUAGCCAAGAGUUUACGGCUGCAGCAUCAGAUGCUAACCUCGAUGCUGCUAUGCUGAGUAAAGCACAGCAAGCAGCAGCCUCUUCAGCUGGGCUGUCUUCAGUGGUUGGUUCAGGAGGACACAAGGAGUCCAUCUUUGUUCGUCUCAGUAACAAGAUCAAGGCUCUGGAGCAGAACCUGAAUAUGAGUACAUUGUACAUGGAACAACUAAAUCAGAGGUACCGAAAGUCACUUGAUGAAUUACAGAAGAGCACUGACAAGAAAGUUGCCCUGUUGACAAAUGCUACGAAGAAGGCAGAAGUUGUUAUCAAUAGUCAAAAAGAGCAAAUCACAAAAAUGCAGUCCAAACUAGACAAUCUGACCAGUGUGAUAGCAGAGAUGAAAGCACGCAUGGAUCCCCUCAACAAGGAGGUGAUGGAGAGGCAUGUCAUUGGACUGUGUAUUGAGAUUGUCUUGAUCCUGAUGCUGUUUGUGGUGUUUGUGAAGAGAAACAACAACCAUAAUAUUCCUGACACACCCAGGGGGUCAGGACACUAUAUGAAUGGUAAGGGCCCUCCUAGAUUGGCAAUUGAAGAUGGCCAUAAGGACAACGUCUUCAAGCCAACAGUUUCUCUAAGUGGAAGGGAGCAGCUCCUGUGCAGCUUUGGAAAGAAUUCUGAACCAGAUACUGUUGGAGCAAGCACUACUACAGAUGAUAACAAACUAAACAAGGCCGACCCUUGCAAUCCAAGCGAGAGUAAGAAGAAGCGUAACCGCAAACGUAAGGGGUCCAGCACUCCUGAUCAUGAACCUCCCCAUGACUGUCCUUCCAAUGCCGACUCAUCCAGUCCUGCUAGUUUCGUAAGUCGGACUGCUGGCUUACUCUUCUCCAGUGCCCGUGGACUCUUAAGUGGUUUUCACAAUCCUUGGAAACCGAAGAAGCCUUCAUCUGUGCAUAGUGACCCUGUUCUCUCUGUAAGAACCGAAGAGAAUCACAUGAGUGAUGUUUCAGCAAAACUUAAGCAACCUGCUAUAACCAGAGCCAGAAGUCUCGAUUCUGUUCCAGAAGAAACAGCCACAAAAAGACUUGCACCACCACCGCCACCACCCCCUCUCCCUCCAGAGUUUGGAGUUGUGUUCAAGCGCCCACCAGAUUGCUAUUACUCCAAAAAGGGCAGUGUUAGGAACAUCACGUCAGGCCCCCUGAAAUAUGGAAAAUAUGGCGUCUUAGAUUCUCAGCUGGCGUAACUUGGGCCCCUCGAAGACCACACCCAUUCCCCAUCCCUCUCCACGAGUACAUUUCAGUGGCGGAGGUGGGGAAUGUGAUUGGUUUUCGAGGGGAAUUUGUUGGAGAGUGCGUACAUUGCAUCUGACGUACUGAAGAUCUACUUUUUGCUUUUGUGUAGUACUUAAAGUAACAGAAAACAUUUUCCAUUAUCUGAGGGUAUCUUGGUGGGGGCAGUGCUAAAUGUUCAGAGUUCUUCUAAGGUAUGAUUCUUCAGAGCCACGGAGAAAUGUUUUCUGUUUCCGGCUUAAAAAAGCCGCCAGUAGAAAUGAGAAAACAAGUGCGAGUAGUUUAAUUUCUUAAGUAUAAAUGUAUGUAUUAAGCUCGGCAAAUUACGUCGUUUUAUUUAUUUGACAGCAUUGGCUGUUUAACCAUUUGGCUGUAAGAAUGAGGCGGAAUAAUCUAGCAGUUUUGGUAGACAUUGUAAAGAAUUCUAAAAUUACAGCACAAAACCUACAAUGUACCAAUCAAAUGUAUGAGUUCACAAUAGACCCUGGUUUAUUUUUGCUUGUGAUUUUGGAAGUGCAGCCUGAAGACAAUCCCAUUGAGCAUCUUAAGGGUGCUUUACUAAAUACAGGAAUUCUUUAAAAUGUAAGGCAUUGAACAUUGCAUGAUGAAAAGCAAAUCAACAAAGUUAGUUCUUGGAGGCGAGUCCAGAACUGUAUCAUUUGGUUAUUCCUAGGUUACAAGGAGUGAUCAUAAUUUGGAUUGUUAGGGCGCGGUUUCACGUGUCUCGGGUGCCUUGGUUUCGGCUUAUCUCGUACAGCCUGUGAGAGGAGGCUGGGCGUGUACUUGGAGUAUUUAUGCAACUCUGUGGUUUUGGGACAAAAGUAAAUUGAAACUAUUAUUUUCCGUAUCAAAAGAAAUAUAUAUAGUUUUUUAUGAAACAAAUUAUUUAGAACUUCCACAGUGGAAAGCAUAUACAAUGGAAACUCGAUUUGGCGAUUUUUCUUCUCCUUUGUGGUUCGAGAAAUCGGAAUUCCAUUGUAUUUGUUUUGCACAGUACUAAUAAAGCGUAGCCAUCUUAAGUUUUACAAAAUUUGUCGAUUAACUAGUGUUAAUUACAGUGACUGGCAUCGCUUGAAGAAGACAAAAUGUAUAUUACAAAUAAUUAUAUGGGCAAUUCUCGUUAAGAAAUAGAUUUUAGCGACUGUAACUUCGUGCAUAUUUGUAAAGAAAAAUAAGGAAAUAGUAUAUAGUAUAAAUAAUAUAUUUUGUAAUAUGUUAGAAUAGGUUGAUAUAAAAUGUGAUACUAAAUAAAAAGAAAUAACACAAAGGUGUGCAGAAUA